UCCUACAUAACACAACAUAAAACUCGACUCUGCUUCUUAAUUCUUAAUUUCACUAGGUAGCCUAAAGGACAUACAAAUGGGUUCAGGAGCUAAACAGCAGAAACCACAUGCAGUAUGCGUUCCAUACCCAGCACAAGGCCACAUCAACCCCAUGCUACAAUUAGCCAAAUUGCUCCACUCUAAAGGCUUUCAUAUUACCUUCGUAAACACUGAGUAUAAUCACAAUCGAUUGGUGCGGUCUCGAGGGCGUGAGGCCGUCGCUGACCGCCCGUCCUUUCGUUUUGAAACUAUAACUGACGGGAUGCCCCCGAGUGACGAUGUUGACUCUACGCAGGACAUCCCGUCUCUCUGCAUCUCUACCGAGAAGCACUGUCUCGGUCCUUUUAAGCGGCUCCUUGCCCGUCUCAAUGAGGCGGGUGAUGUGCCACCUGUAAGCUGUGUGGUUUCGGACGGUGCCAUGUUUUUUACGAUUGAUGCGGCUGAAGAGUUGGGCAUUCCGGAGGUUUUGUUUUGGACUGCUAGUGCUUGUGGUUUUUUGGGUUAUGCUCAAUACGGAAAGAUUAUUGAGCUGGGACUUGCUCCCUUCAAAGAUGCAAACUUCUCUACCAAUGGUGAUCUUGAAGCAGUCCUUGACUGGGUACCAGGCAUGAAGAACAUCCGACUACGUGACAUCCCAAGCUUCAUUCGAACCACUGACCCUAACGAACCUACGGUCGCAUAUAUUCAACGAUUAGUCCAUCACUCGAAACGAGCUGCAGCCAUUAUCUUCAACUCCUUCGAUGCAUUGGAAGAUGAUGUUCUCCGAUCUAUAUCCUCCAAUUUCCCUCCCACUUAUGCGCUCGGUCCCUUGCACCUCCUCCUUGAGUCGAUGGAGGCCAUUAACGAGGAAACGAAAUCAAUCAGUACAAGUCUAUGGAAAGAAGAUCCACAUUGCCUAGAGUGGCUUGAUUCUUAUGAACCAAACUCUGUUGUUUAUGUCAAUUUUGGAAGCAUAACGGUUAUGACUAAUGAUCAAUUGAUAGAAUUUGCAUGGGGACUUGCUAAUAGCAACCAACCCUUCCUCUGGAUAGCCAGACCAGAUUUAGUCAUUGGGGAUUCGGCGGUUCUUCCACCAGACUUUUUAGAAGAGACGAAAAACAGGGGACUUAUUACGAGCUGGUGCGAUCAAGAGCACGUUUUGGCUCACCCUGCGAUUGGGGGGUUUUUGACUCAUUGUGGUUGGAACUCGACAAUUGAGACUUUAAUUAAUGGUGUCCCUAUUGUAUGUUGGCCUUUCUUUGCGGAGCAACAGACUAAUUGUUGGUAUUCUUGUACUAAGUGGGGUAUUGGGAUGGAAAUUGAUGCGAAUGUAAAGAGAAGUGAAGUUGAGAGACAGGUGAGAGAGUUGAUGGAAGGAGAGCAAGGGAAGGAGAUGAAGAGAAACGCAAUGAAGUGGAAAAAGCUGGCUUACGAGGCUACUGCUGUUUCAACUGGGUCUUCCUACAACAACUUGGACGAGGUCAUCAAAAUUCUUCGGUCCAUAAAAUAGAAAUUUGAUUAUAAACUCCAACACAAUUAUUAAGGAAGUGGCUUGUAGGAUGUGAUUUAAAGGAUUCAAUACUUCAAUUUGUGACAUUUUUUUUUUGUCGUUUUCUUUUUUUGAUGAUUGUAAAAUGUAAUUCUUUUUAUGUUGUAUGAUUUUUAAUCAAUAAAUUAAUUUUAAUUUAAAAAAUA